AUGUUGGUUCACCUUUAUCAACAACGUUUAGGUUUCUUCAAGUCUGUUUGGAAUAUGGUGGAUUUCUUUAUGAUUAUUUUCUCUGUAGCCUCUGUAGCAUUUUACAUGAUCAGAGCUAAAAGCGUUUUAAACACUAUCAAAUCUAUUCAAGCCAAUCCAUAUGAAAUCGUGCAUUUCCACAGAGCCUUGAAUUGGCUUAACCUGGAAAAUGCGUCCAUUGCUGUUGCUGUUUUCUUGGUGACAGUCAAGCUUCUGAAUCUGAUUCGUUUUAACCCACACGUAAUAUAUUUGUUUUCAUCUUUUCGCCAAUCUAUAGGCUAUCAACUCUCGUAUGUGCUCUUUUUUCUGAUCGUGUUUAAUGCAUUUGUUAUAACAGGUAUGCAGUUUUUCGGUGGUGUAGUAUUAGAAUAUUCCAGUUAUCUCGAUGCAGUCAUGUCUCAAUUUGAAUUCCUGUUAGGAAAAGCAGUCCCAAUGGACGCUCUUCGAAGGGACAGACCCUUCAUUGGUCCGACGUUUGCAUUUUUGUUUUGUAUAUCCACAAAUAUAUUUCUUAUGAAUAUGCUUGUUUCUGUCCUCAACGAAUCAUAUAGUGACGCAAAAUCAAACGCAGAGGAAAAUGCAAAAGAGCUUGAAAUGGCACGUUUUAUUGAGGAGCGUGUAAUGGACAUUUUCCACGAGGGAAGUAAUCGGACUGAGUUUAAGUUGUUUUGUGAUGAGACAAUAUUUGUCAACAUGUGCCUUUCUGAAGCAGAGCCAUUUUGUUUGAAUUCUGAAAGUAUUAUCCAAUGUACAGAGGAACGAAUGUUAAAAGCUGAAAAACGACUAAUUUUUCUCACUCGACGAACAGAGUACAUGGAGGCUGAUUAUUUGAAAGAGGAGAAUGACUUAAUUUACCUUUUAUUAGUAAUGAUAAAUCCUUCGGUGCGUGAUUCGGAAAGGAAAUCAAAAUAUGAUCUCUGAGUGCAGAGAUGUUUUACUGUAUAAUUUAGCUAAGUUUUCUUCCACUGAAAUUAUUUCUGGCUUUUCUACCAAGCGUAGAUAUUAUUGAAUGUUUAUUUUUAGAU